AUGGCUGAGGCUGUUGUCGGGGCACUGAUUGGCAAGCUAGGUGCAGCCGUGGCGAAAGAAGCAGCAACCUAUGGUGCAUCCCUGCUUUACAAGGAUGCCUCUGCCCUCAAGGGUCUUUUUGGCGAGAUCUGCAGAGCUGAGAGGGAGUUGGAGAGCAUGAAGGCCUACUUGCGUGAGCCAGAGAAAUUCAUGGAUACUGAUGAGACCAUGGGCAUCUUCAUCAAGACUAUCCGGGAACUAUCUUUCCGGAUAGAGGAUGUUGUUGACGAGUUCAUGUACAAGCUUCAUGGCAAUAAACAUGGAGGAUUUGCAGCCAGGAUAAAGAAGAAGGUAAAACAAGUCAAGGUUUGGCGCCGCCUAUCUCGCCAACUUCGUUAUAUCAACAUCGAGCUUGAAGACACUGUGAAAAGGAGGGACCGUUAUGUAACUCCUAUAAUGGGGAGACAUACUGGAAGCGCCCAUCAUUUUGCAAGGGAAGAUACCAAUCAAGCUUCGUGUUUUGCAAGGGAAGAGGAACUAGUGGGUAUUGAAGAUGAUGCAGCGAAGCUCAUGGGGUGGCUAGUCGAUGAUUUGGAACAAAGGAACACCAGCACAGUGUGGGGGAUGGCUGGAGUAGGCAAAACUACUUUAGUUGACCAUGUCGAUAAGAGUGUGAAAUUAGAUUUUGAUGCUUCUGCAUGGGUAACUGUGUCCAAGAGUUAUAAAGUUGAGAACUUGCUGAAGAAAAUUUGUACAGAGUUCAACGUGCCAGUUGAUUCUAGCAUUAUGGAUAUGAGAAGAUUAGUUUAUGCCAUCCGUAGACAUCUUGAAGGUAAAAGGUUUAUCUUGGUAUUGGAUGAUGUCUGGGAAAAAGAGGUGUGGAUAAACAAUAUCAUGCCUGUAUUCCCGGCUAAUUGUACUAGCCGAUUUGUUCUUACAUCAAGAUUAUCUGAAGUUGCAUCUUUGGCAAGUAGUAACUGUGCAAUUGAGCUGAAACCGCUACAAGGCCAUCACUCUUAUAUGCUAUUUUGCAAGUUAGCCUUUUGGGAUAAUGAUGAUGAAAGGUGUCCUCCGGAGUUAUCGGAUUUGGCCACAAAGUUCUUACAAAAGUGUGAAGAGUUGCAGUCGGUUAGAAACACAAUCCCUGGUGUUGAAACAAUUCUGAAAGUCAGCUUGGAGGAUCUUCCAUAUGAACUGAAGAAUUGUUUCUUGCAUUGUGCACUACUUCCUGAGGAUUAUAAACUGAAGAGGAGGAGGUUAAUUAGGCAUUGGAUUACUUCUGGAUUCAUCAAGAAAAAGGAAAAUAAAACACUGGAACAAGUGGCAGAGGGCUACUUGAAUGAUCUUCUGAACCGAAGCCUACUACAAGUUGUGAUGAACAAUGAGUUUGGACGAGUAAAAUGUUGCCGAAUGCAUGACGUCAUCCGCCAUAUUGCCAUUGAAAAAGCCGAGAAAGAAUGCUUUGGUAAAGUUUAUGAGGGCAAUUGGACUUUUUUGGUACACCCAACACGUAGACUGUCAAUACAGAGCACCAAUAUUGAACUGUUAAAUCUAUCCAGUGCGACACAUCUUCGCCAAAUACAUGUUUUUACAAGGUUUGCUAAUAUUGAUCGGCUCAGGCCAAUCCUUUCAUCUUCAGUUUUGUUGUCAACAUUGGAUCUGCAAGGUACUGAAAUCAAGGUGCUGCCUAAUGAGAUCUUUAGCUUGUUUAAUCUGCGUUUCUUGGGUCUUCGAAAUACCAAAAUGGAGGUUCUGCCAGAGGCCAUUGGAAGAUUGGCAAACUUAGAAGAAUGCUCUCCUGAAGAUGAGCAAUCUUGUCAGUUUGUCAAUUACUACCUAUGUCAAACGAAAAUGAGGUAUUGCCACUGGAAGAACUCUGUUUACCAGAAAGUCUUUGCAAACUUGGAUGGCAGGGAAGCUCAAAAAGAAACGAAUGCCUCAUAUUUUGUCAUCUUGGUGUUGCACCUUAACAAUCUCACUGAACUCUAUCUGAUGUCCUCCAAACUUGAUGAGAAUUCAUUUCCUACCCUCAUGGUGUUGCGUAGUUUAUGCUUAAUUACCCUUGACAAGGCUUAUGAUGGACAGACAUUAUGCUUUCCUUCGCAGUCAUUCCCAAGACUGAAAGAAUUACGAGUAUGGUGUGCUCCACAGCUCAACCGAGUUGAAAUAGAAGAAGAUGCACUGGGAAGCCUUGCUAAGCUAUGGUUUGUGGAGUGCCCAGAACUCAAGCGCCUCCCUCAUGGCCUCAAGUAUCUUGCGAUCCUUGAUGAAUUACAUUUGGUAAAUACGGCAGUUGAGCUUAUACAGUUGGCAAAUGAAUGCGAGGAGCAACUUAUGAAGAUUAGCCACAUUAGAAAGUUUACUAUCAUAUCAAAUGAGAAAAACUUUACGCGAAGAAUUGUUUCCAGCGAAGGGAAUGAAUUCGCUGGCUGA